UAUUCAUGAUAUCCAUAUUAUAGAUUACAUAUCUUUAAAAACUAAGUCUUUAAAUCCAUCUCAAAAAUAGAUUUAUCAAGAGCCCAGUAUUUCUACAUAUGCGGCCUUGGCUGCAUAAAAACCGGGUCCUUCAUUAUUUUGUUUUCAUAAGCCUAGGUAGAAAUGCGGGCGUGGAAACCGCGACCUUUUGUCUUUGGCGCCUAUAUAAAAUAUGAGGUUUAUUUACAUUUCAUAAUAAACUAUAAACUUUUUCCUUUCAUAGUUGCUAUUUUUUGAACUUCCUUGCGCUCGGCCUUUUUAAAAUUUGGUUUCAUUUGAUUACUUUUCUAAAUUAGUCAUUAGCUUCUUCCCCAAGCAACAAAAUAUAGUCCGAGAGCCUCCUCAUCACCGCCAUGGGCCAGAGCUUUGGCAUGCAGCAAACGGCCCCAUAGGGAGUAGGAAUGGUACGAGUCAGGACCGCCCAGCCCCGGCCCAUACCUGCAAGCCUAAAAUAUUAAAACGAGUAGGCUGAAGACUUGACCACACCACAACCCGAUAUAUAGCCGCGGUGGCCCAAAAUCUCCAAGCAACUGUCUCUCUCUCUAUUACGGUGGCUAGCAGAAUCGAGGAUGGUUAUGGAGGGAGAGGGAGAGGGAGAGGGAGAGGGAGAGUCAGAGCAGAGGCACAAUGUUGUGUUAUUCCCAUUUAUGGCUCAGGGCCACAUGAUACCCAUGCUCGACAUCGCGCGGAUGCUUGCGGACCAUAGGCUCGCCGUGACUCUGGUCACCACCCCUCUGAAUGCGGUUCGGAUCCGGGCAGCGGCGUGGAGCCCCAGGGUGCGUGUCCUUGAGAUGGAGUUCCCAUGUGCUGAAGUAGGCUUGCCAAAAGGUUGCGAGAGCUUCGAAGAUGUCCCUUCCUAUGAUUUGAUGUCCAACUUUCUGCGGGCAACCGAGAUGCUCCGAGAACCCUUUGAGAAGCUCAUCAGACAGGAGGUGGAGAAUCCCCUCUGCAUCAUCUCGGACACCUUCUUCUGGUGGACUGUGGAGACGGGGAAAGUGUUCGGCAUCCCGAGGCUUGUUUUCCAUGGCACCAGCUGUUUCAGCCUUUGUUGCUUACGCUGCAUCCGUGAACACAAGCCUCACAACAACGUGGGCUCAGACGCUGAGCCCUUUUUGCUGCCCGGAUUGCCCGGCGAGCUAACGUUCACGAGAACCCAGCUGCCCGAGUUUUGGAAGGUUAAUGUGGAGUUGAUGGCUUCUGGGUUUGACAGAGUUUUUGAGGUGAUGAGGCGAGCGGAUGUGCAGAGUUACGGCACUCUUGUGAAUAGCUUCAACGAGCUGGAGCCAGAAUAUGUGGACCACUACAAGAACAUGGAGGGGACGAAGGCGUGGCCCAUUGGGCCGGUGUCCCUUUGCAAUCGAGAUCAAAUUGACAAGGCAGCGAGGGGAAAGAAGGCCUCUGUCGACAAAAGCGCAUGCCUGAGAUGGCUCGACACACAGAAACCAGAGUCGGUCGUGUAUGUGUGUUUCGGCAGCACGCACAAGCUCGCCCCAACGCAACUAACAGAGAUUGGACUCGGUUUAGAGGCGUCCGGGCUGCCGUUCAUCUGGGUGGUGAGAGGGGACACAGAGCAGGUGGACCAGUGGCUGCCAAAGGGUUUUGAGGAACGUGUGAAGGGAAGGGGAAUGGUAAUCAAAGGAUGGGCACCGCAGAUCCUGAUCCUCUCACACCCGGCAACCGGAGGGUUCGUGACGCACUGCGGCUGGAAUUCGACGCUGGAGGGCCUGACUGCGGGGCUCCCGAUGGUCUCGUGGCCACUGUAUGCAGAGCAGCCGUUGAACGCGAGGCUGGUGGUGGAUGUGCUGAAGGUAGCGGUGGCAAUCGUUGACAAGGAAACCCAAGGAGUGGUGCCGAAGGAGGCGGUGGAGCGGGCAGUGUCGGAGAUGAUGGGGAAUGGUGAGAUGAGGGGGAGGGCCAGAGAGUUGGGGGAAAUGGCGAGGAGAGCAGUGGAGGAUGGAGGUUCAUCUCAUAUGAACCUCACCCUCUUCAUCCAGGAUAUGAUCACUUAUAAGAAGCCCCACGCCAUGUGAUGCUCCUCUCUCCUGCAAUUCAUCUGAAUGACAAGAAUCAACCAUGUGAUGCUCCUCUCUCCUGCAAUUCAUCUGAAUGACAAUAAUCAACCAUGUGAUGCUCUUCUCUCCUGUAAUUCAUCUGAAUCAGAAAGAUAUUCGCUGUCAUUUUAUUUUCCAAUUUUGUAAUUCGUCCACUUUGGUUUUGUCGUGGUU